AUGUUCCUUUUUUCACAAAUUUUAAUAAAAUUUUCCAUUAAUUUUUCAGGAAUAUGUCAGAAUAUGUCAAAUUGUUCGCAGAUAUCUCAAUAUAUUAGAGACAAAGCUAAUCGAACCCGAAUUGCUAUUGAAAGUUUUUAUGCUCAAACCAUUGUACAACUUACUGAAAGGGAUCAAAAGACUGAAAAAUUUGAACAAAAAAUGACUAAAGAUGGACUCAGUGAAAAAGAAAAGGAAGCUAAACGACAUUUACAUGUUGCAAAUAAUAAUGAUUUUAUUAAACAGAGGCCUAAAUUAUCAGCAAGUGAUUUCCAGUCACUUAAGGUAAUCGGUCGCGGUGCUUUUGGUGAGGUUCGCCUUGUUCAGAAAAUUGAUAGUGGCCAUAUUUAUGCAAUGAAAAUUUUGCGAAAGUCUGAAAUGCUCGAAAAAGAACAGAUAGCACAUGUUCGCGCAGAGAGAGAUAUCCUUUCUGAAGCCGACUGUGAUUGGGUUGUAAAAAUGUUCUAUUCUUUUCAAGAUAACAUAAAUCUUUAUCUAGUUAUGGAAUUUCUUCCUGGAGGUGAUAUGAUGACCCUUUUAAUAAAAUAUGAUCAAUUAACAGAGGAACAAACAAUUUUUUACAUAUCUGAAACUGCCCUCGCCAUCCAAGCAACUCACAAUUUAAAUUUUAUUCAUAGAGAUAUUAAACCCGAUAAUUUGUUACUUGAUGCAAAAGGACACAUAAAACUCUCCGACUUUGGCCUUUGUACGGGUUUAAAAAAGAUACACCGAACAGAGCUUUACAGAAAUUGGCCUUCACAGUUACCUGCUGAUUUUGCAACAAAACCAUUUGAUUCUAAACGGAAAGCUGAGACAUGGAAGAAGAACAGGAGAAAUUUAGCAUUUUCUACUGUUGGUACACCUGAUUAUAUUGCGCCCGAAGUCUUUCAACCAAAUGGCUAUACAAAAUCAUGUGAUUGGUGGUCCUUAGGUGUGAUAAUGUACGAAAUGCUCAUUGGUAUUGUUAAAUUAAAUAAAAUAAAAAUAAUUUCUAAAGGUUAUCCUCCCUUCUGUUCCGAAACUCCACAAGAAACACAUAGAAAAGUGAUGAAUUGGCAACAAACUUUAAUCUUUCCUCCUGAAAUUCCAAUCUCAUUGGAAGCAAAAAAUACGAUCAAACGAUUUUGUUGUGAAGUUGACAAAAGAUUGGGGAAUGAAUCUGGUCUUGAAGAAAUUAAAAAUUGUUCCUUUUUCAAAAAAACUGAUUGGGAACAUAUUAGAGAGUCGCCUGCACCGAUUCGGAUAGAAGUUAAAGGAAUUGACGAUACCUCAAACUUUGAUGAUUUUGGAGAUGCUGAUAUCCCAAUAAUUGGCAUGAAGGAUGUUGUUGCGGGUGGUUCUCCUGCUGGUAUUACAGACAAAGGUGAAUUCAUUCAUUACACAUUCGAGCGGUUUAAUUGUUCCAUUCAACAAAAACGUGGAACAAAUCAAGCACAAUUGACAACUGCACAACAAGUUAAUGAGGAAUUAAGUGCUAGAAAUACUACAGGUUCUUCAAUGAACGACAACAAUUUAUAA